AUGAACCACACGUAUUUCGCCAACGUAGCCCUCGAAACCAACCGCAAACUCGAUGGCGCAAGUCACACUCUCGAUGCACACAAGCUCGGCUUUAUACCGGGCUGCAAAACCAUGGUCGUCUGCGUCGACUCAUGGAAGGCUAAUAAUACGACUCUGUCCUUGACGAGGCCUGACGCGCUCUCUACACCGCCCAGCAGACAGGAGCAGGCUUCUUCCCACAUCUACCCAUCAUCAUCGCCGGCAAGAGACAGUAACGCCCGCUUCUUCCCCUCGCGGUCCGCCGAUACAAACCGCUCCCGCAACCCUCGCAACGGCACCGUCGCCGACCGCGCCAUCAUGCACGUGCGCGGCUGGGAUUUCCUCGUCCAAUCCCACGCCGUAUCCCGUGCGAGGAGGGAGGGGGAUCAGAGAGAGCGCAAAUUUAUCAGGAAUAUAUUUGUCUCUAAUUUCGAACGAAGCGGUCUUUCAAAAAAGCAAACGAAGAUGGGAGGGAGACUUAAGUCAUGGGUACAAACGGACAGCGGGAACAGAAGUAAGAGGAUAAAUAUCGGAAAUAUGAGAGCGGGCAGUAGUCAGAGGAUAAAAGUGAAGGGGUUUUCUGGUCGACCCCUGAGGCCAUAG